AAAACAGAUUGUAGAUUGGUAUGAUGAUCUCUUUUGAUGUUAGAAAUGUAUUUUUAUAUGUACUUUUUAUGAGGGUCACGUAUGAAUGUGUAAAGGCCUGAUGGUGUCUAUUAUCAAACUAAUUAUUCAUUUCUGGGUAGGUGGGUGGGAAGGAGUGUGGAACCGGGGCUGGUGGCUUUAGCCUAAACUAUGUUUCAGUUUUUUACAAGGAUAAUGUGUUUGUAUAUUACUUGUGAAAUUAAGAUUUAAGAAUAACAAAAGAAAGGUCUGCUCAGCUUCAGCCCUUUCAUAAACUCCACCAGCCUUCCCAGAGCCAUCCCAAGUAAACGGCGGGCUUGUGGGAAAGUGCCCUGCCCCCACAUUGUUGCUGCUGCAUCCAGACCUGCACCUUCCUUGGUGGAGGAAUUUUGUUGUCAGAGAAUAAAAGGAGGUUGUCCAUAACUGACUUUAAGCAGCAAACAAUAGAACACUGAGCUCUUCAGCUCCGCCUUUCUUGCUCUGAGAUUUGGAAAACCAAAAAGGUUUUGAUGUUUUGUGUGGCGCCACCUGAAUUAGAAACCAAGAUGAACAUAACUAAAGGAGGUCUGGUGUUGUUUUCAGCAAAUUCUAAUUCAUCGUGUAUGGAGCUUUCAAAGAAAAUUGCUGAGCGGCUGGGGGUGGAGAUGGGCAAAGUGCAGGUUUACCAGGAACCUAACAGAGAAACAAGAGUACAAAUUCAGGAGUCCAUAAGGGGAAAAGAUGUUUUCAUCAUCCAGACUGUUUCAAAGGAUGUGAACACCACCAUCAUGGAGCUCCUGAUUAUGGUGUAUGCAUGUAAGACCUCUUGUGCCAAAAGCAUCAUAGGCGUGAUUCCCUACUUUCCAUACAGCAAACAGUGCAAGAUGAGAAAAAGAGGCUCUAUUGUUUCUAAGUUGCUGGCUUCGAUGAUGUGCAAAGCGGGUCUAACUCAUCUUAUUACUAUGGAUUUACACCAGAAGGAAAUUCAGGGCUUCUUCAAUAUCCCUGUUGAUAAUUUAAGAGCAUCUCCCUUCUUAUUACAGUAUAUUCAAGAAGAGAUCCCGGAUUACAGGAAUGCGGUGAUUGUUGCCAAGUCUCCAGCCUCAGCCAAGAGGGCGCAGUCUUUUGCCGAGCGCCUGCGACUGGGAAUUGCAGUCAUUCACGGAGAAGCACAGGAUGCCGAGUCUGACUUGGUGGAUGGACGGCAUUCCCCACCCAUGGUCAGGAGUGUAGGGGCCAUUCACCCCAGCCUGGAAAUCCCCAUGCUGAUUCCUAAAGAAAAACCCCCAAUCACAGUUGUUGGUGAUGUAGGAGGGAGGAUCGCCAUCAUUGUGGAUGACAUUAUCGAUGAUGUUGACAGCUUUCUUGCUGCAGCAGAGACGCUGAAGGAAAGAGGUGCAUAUAAGAUCUUCAUGAUGGCAACUCAUGGCUUGUUAUCUUCAGAUGCUCCCCGGCUGAUUGAGGAAUCUGCCAUUGACGAGGUGGUGGUUACCAAUACAAUUCCACAUGAAAUCCAGAAGCUCCAGUGCCCCAAAAUUAAAACUGUGGAUAUCAGCAUGAUACUUUCAGAAGCCAUUCGUCGGAUUCAUAAUGGACCCUGCACAUUACUGAUGCACAGUCAUUUGACUGCAGCAAGAGAGGAAUUUGAAUCCCAGGCUUUGAGCCACGGGAGCAGGUCAGUGAGUUAGCUUGAGCUGCUCUCUGCAUCUUGGAGUGGCAUUGUUUUGCUACCUGUUCAAUAGCACAGCCAUUCUCAAAAUAGAAUGUACCACUGCAUGCUCUGGAGGAUGGAAUCCUGGUGGGGGGUCACAAAGGACAAGUGAUGUGAUCCUUGUCAGUGACAGGCAUUUAAGUAUUGUCUAUCUUAGAGUUUUGAGUUCAGAACUCAAAACUUGUACCUUGGAGUUUAUCAGACUGUGGAACACCAGGGUCCCAUGAGUUAUGCCAGUGUCACAUAAUGGCAGUCCUAACUAAUUUAGGGAGGGAAAAAUUAAUAUUUUCUCACAAAGAAAAACAUUACUUUUUCUUCCAAAAAACCUUAAAUUUGUUUUCUGCCUAUCUGUGAAAUCUGGAAUGAAGCAGCAGUUGAUUUAGCACAAAAUUAAGAUUAGUCACUAACUGUUUACCAUGUUAGGGUGUCCUGUUGCUCCCAAGAAAUCAGUCUGACUCUUGGGGGCCUGCCCUGUAGAAGACGUGGGGCCCUGCAUGUGCAGAAACACUGAAGCCCCCACUUCUGGCAGCUGUCCCAGGUAUUAUAUGGUGUCCUGCACAUCCUCUUUGUGCUCAUCACAACCAUCAAUGUCCAGCCCCCCUUCCUGACAUGAUGCUUCAACACCCCAUGAUGGUUAUUCUGUUACAUGUGUAUGAAAGUAACACAUGUUAAUUAUUUUAAGUAAUUCACAUUGGUGUUAGAGUUACAGUC